AUGGCCCCUUGUUCCCCAGGAGAUGUGCGUAUUAUGACAUUGUUAGCUUACCUUUCAUCACAGCCAGCUGUCAAAGUGUCGCUUCUUCAACUUUUGAAAACCAGUGGCAAUGCCAAGAACGAUGACCUGUUGUUCCCCAGUCUUCUGCCGUCCAUGUUGUCUUGUUUGAAAGGGUCGUCAGAAAAUCAAACGGCGUCUCGAUCACAAUACUGUGUCGUGUCGAUUGUCCAGUCCCUGUGUGACCCCACGGUUAGCCUGAUGCCUUUCGAAACUCCUUUCACCGACCAGCAUCUGGCUAACACUUUGCCGGACAAAGAGAUGCUGGAAGUGAUUUGUGCAGCUUUAUUGGAGCACAUGGGAUCCGAGCAGCAAUCAUUUGCAACGAUUUUGCUCGCUCUGAGGACCAUGCUGACUCUAACGGAACAUAACUAUGGUGUCUACCAUCAGAAAAGAGCUCUGGAGAACAAUAGUGAGGUGUUUUAUCGCCUUCUGAAAAGGUUGUCGUCCUCUUUUGAGAAUAGCAUCCCAGGCCCGGAUCACCUGUCCACGCUGUCGACAACCAUCGAGCUGCUGCAGCUGUUACUACCGGAGGAUACAGCCGGCAUAAUUCAGGAACAGGAAGACGAUGCCAUGGAGGGCGAACCACUGAAGCUAACCACUGAAAUCAGCAUCAGCGCGGCUCAGAUGAGAAGCUUCCUUCAAUUUGAUGGCGCUGCGGAGGACGGUCCGCUGAAAACAUUGGAAAAACGACUCGAGUUAUGUCCAUCAAGUAUUUUCGCUCACGCGCGAAUGGUCGAAACGCAUCACGUGACAGAAUACCUUCAGCAAAAACAGAGGGAUAUCCAAGGAUAUCAUCCGAGUGAUAUUACCCAAUUUUUAAACCUUACGUCCACUACGGUUAGCCUUGGUUUAAUUCAAGAUGAGAGAGUGUUUAGUAACAAACACUCACAGUUUUCCUUGAGCUUCGCUCUGGGAAAACUGUUUGCAUCUUGGGCACGUCCACUUAUAGAGGAAGAGGUCACUGAACCACAGCUCCCGGGUCCACUUCCGCUUCAAACGCUGUUUGUCAGUAGACUGGCCUUCGUUUCCGGUGAAGUCGAGGAUGGCGGGCUCAGUCCAACGCUGUGGUACUCCACCCCACUCUCGGACGAUAUCGAUCCUGAAGUUGAUUUGAUAAAAAUCAGUGUUGAUUCUCUGACAGAGAAGUUCUCUCCAGAAUUUGAUCUCAUGGCUGAGUUAGAAAAAGGGCUGGUGCCUUCUCCCCCAGGCUCCCCAACGCGCAAGAAAGCUCACAGAAACAAGAGAAAGUACGAUCCCUUGAUAUCUGGCCAGCGAAAGGAUAAUAAGAAAGCUAGGAUAGCUCCUUCAGCGCCUAUGCGCGGCGGUGGUCGAGGCAUGAGGGGUAUGCCACGGGGUCGAGGCAACCCUCGAAUGAAUGACCUGUUCCGGUCACGUAAGCAAAAUACCAGCCGCCCACCCUCCAUGCACGUGGAUGACUUCAUGGCAAUGGAAAAUGCUAAGACCCAGGACUCGCCGCCUCCAAUGCGAAGGACUGGUCCCAAGGGUCCUCCCCCCGGUAGAUCGAUGGACCAUAGCCCAGGAAACUUCAUGGGGAACCAGGGCCGUUGGACGGCUAUGCCAGGGGGACCACUUCGAAAAGGUCCCGGAAUGGUGACUCAAGGAGGAAUGCGCGGGGCUGGACCCGACUGGGGAAACCCACGACAGCACCCUAUCGCCUUUCCUGGACAAAGGAAUUUCCAGAGAGGACCGGAUUGGGGAUCACAGACUCCUCAGCCGUACAGAGGUGGGGGUGGGGGUGGGGGUGGAGGAGGAAUGAGAGAUAACUACAAUCGACCGCAGAUGCGAGGUUACUGGGAUGCGCCCAAGUCUAAAGAUGACUCGCGGUUCAUGCCCCCGCCAAAUAUUGGAGGUUAUCGGCCUGGUGCUGGGCGAGGUUACCCAGGCAGACAUAUGAGAUCAUUUACACGGUGAAAAAUGAACGACCUCACACCUAGUUAAAAUUCAACUUUUAUUCUGCGGAUAUUAAAGUUGAAGUUAAAGUUAAAUUUAUUGUAGAAAUUGUGGCGUUACAAAAGCAUGUAACGUUAAAUUAAAUAGACCUAGGAAACCGUUCGAUUUGUUUGUACCAAUGAAAUUCGCUACAAUUUUACAUUAAACUUGAAACUUGA